AUGCAACAUCUCACUCGGCCCCUGGAUGCCUUGAGAAUAUUGCACAUUACCCACCUAUUCCGGAUCGACCUUUUAUGGAUCCCGGGUCACUGCGUCUCCUUGCUGGUAGAAACAUUAUAUGUCUGCAUGUGCUGGUCAGGGAUGCUGGUCCUCCGCUCUGCCGAUCCAACACGAAACCUGCUACCAGCCCAGCCUUGCCUAUAUUUCCAGACAUGCGGCCCUUUCAUGGAUAUUCUGCCGCCUACAUUAUAUAUGGGCCUGAGCAUGAGCCAGAGCAACUCUUCCGCGGAGACCUUACAGCAGGUGAGAGAUUGGAGCAUUCCCACUGGCAAGCAAGAACGGCAGAACUGA